AUUUAACCCUUUACUUCCAUUAACCGUCUUCGAUAAUUCAGUCCAUUGUCAGUGACAACGCUGCCGCGGCGAACCGUGAUAAGAAAUCAUGGGCACUAAAGGCUCAAUUGGAGCCGCAUUAUUCCUUAUCAUCAAAUUCCUAUAACUAAUGAUGCCGGAAAUUGGGCGGAAUGCAUUUCUCGCGUUUCCGUCAGGUGAUCUUGCCAAAACUGCUCAGUCAUUCAUCGUGAGCAAAAGUAUUUCAGGAGCCAACGGACCGUGAUAGAGCGUUUCCAUAUCGCCAAUGGCUUCUCCCACUGCGACAGACGUUUUGUUCCACCCUCCGACUGCUUUUAAGCAUCCUUUGGACCCACUGACACCUGACGAGAUAGCAGCUGUAUCACUAUCGGUCCGACACCAUAUCGUGAGCAAGACAGACAUCAAGGCCGUCAAAUUUAUCACUACGUACCUUUUACCACCUCCCAAGAAAGCGGUUCUUGCCUACCUUGGGAUUCCUCUGACUCCCGGCGGGCAGCCUGAGGCACCCACACCAAUUACCCGCAAGGCCGAAGUCGAUUUCCUCGAUGUCGUGUACGGAGACGCGUAUAACGUUGUCCUGGCUCUUGACGACGGGAAGUGGAAUAUUGAAAGCUUUGAGAAGCUUCCAGAAGGUACUCAGCCCCAGAUUUCUGUUCAAGAACUCGUUGCGUGCGAGAAAAUUGUGAAGAGUGACGCUCGCGUGCAGCAAUUGGCGAAAGAAGUCGGUGUUCUUCCCGAGCAAAUAGUCUGUGAUGGCUGGUCCAUUGGCUACGACGACCGUUUCCCACAGAAGCGCCGUGUCCAGCAAGCGUUGCUAUUUGCCCGGCUCUCAGAGCAUGAAAAUCUAUACGCUCAUCCCCUGGAUUUCAUUGCCGUAGUAGAUGCAAAUUCUGAAGAGGUCCUGCAAAUAGAUUUCCCUCCUCAUUACAAGAAUACUGCUAAUGGCGCGGUACUCAGCGCAUCCAGCACCAAGUUCCCCGGACUCUCUGAGGACGCAUUUGCCGCGACAGGUCGACCACGCAUUCCUCCUCCCCUCAAACCGUUUGACUUCCUUCCUGACCUUAUGGAGAAGAGCCAGGAGAAUUUCAAGCCCAGAGAUGACAUCAAACCUUUGCACAUCCUCCAGCCCGAGGGUGUUAGCUUUAAGCUCGAUAGGAAUGAGCUGGAGUGGCAGAAUUGGAAGAUGCAUAUAUCCUUCACUCACCGCGAGGGUAUAGCCCUUUCUACGAUCACUUACAACGACAAUGGCGAAAUUCGGCCACUUAUAUAUCGCCUGUCGUUGGCCGAGAUGGUGGUUCCUUACGGAGCACCAGAAUACCCGCAUCCUCGGAAAUUCGCCUUCGAUUCAGGUGAAUACGGUAUGGGGACAAUGGCCAAUGAGCUAUCGUUGGGGUGUGAUUGUGUUGGCCAGAUCCACUAUUUGCCUGGCGCCUACGUCGGACACGAUGGAAACGCAAUAAUCAUCAAGAACGCUAUCUGCAUUCAUGAGGAGGAUAAUGGUGUCCUCUGGAAGCACACCGAUUAUCGUCCUGGUGGCCGUGCACAGACCGUUCGCAGAAGACGCCUGGUUAUCAGUAUGGUCUGCACGUUGGCCAACUAUGAAUACAUUUGGAACUACCAUUUCUAUCAAGACGGCAGCAUCGAGCUCGAAGUCCGCCUGACUGGUAUUCUUCAAGUCUACAUAUCGGGGACUGAUGAACCUGCCAAGUUCGGCACCAAGGUCGCACCUAACGUCAACGCCCAUUAUCACCAACAUCUCUUCUCCAUCCGUGUGGACCCUAUGAUCGACGGUCUCAACAACUCCGUCGUCGAAUCCGACGUCAUGCCUAUCCCCAAUGCCGAAACCGGCUCCGACCUCAACUUUGCCGGAAACGGGUUCAUCCAGGAGGACACUGUGUUGAAGAAAGAGGCCGGGAGGCUUUGGGAUUGGGAGAGGGAGCGGAAAUGGAAGAUCGUCAACCCCGCUAGGAAGCACUAUAGUAGCGGCAAGGAUGUUGGGUACGUUGUCGGGGUCAAGGGUGGUGUUACGCCGAUGAUGGCGAGGAAAGACGGUUGGGCGUUGAAGAGGGCGCAGUUUGUUAACUACCCUAUAUGGGUGUGCAGGGAUGUUGAGGGUGCGAAGGGAAGCAGGAUGUGGCCUGCUGGGAAAUACGUCCCACAGACUAGGGAGAGUCCGGCAGAUUCGAUCGGUGCGUGGGUGAAGGGCGAGCAGAGUAUCGAGAAUGAGGAUAUUCUGGUGUAUUUGACCGUCGGGACUACGCAUAUCCCUCGUCCGGAAGAUUGGCCAGUGAUGCCUGUUGAGCAUUUAAGCAUCACUCUCAAGCCCCAGUCGUUCUUUACAAUGAAUCCUAGCAUGGAUGUUCCGGGGACCAGAGAUCCGAAGAGUGUCGCUGCGUUCUCCCAAGGAUCCAUGCCCAACGGCCACGCUAGGUGCCAUUGAAGUAGUUUAGCGAAUGUAUUCAAGCGGAUGAUUUUCAGAUCGUCGGACAGGUGGAUCUCUCGAGUAGUUGUUGAAAGAUGGUGCGAACAAUAAAGUAUACGAUGAAGAUGAAAAUAAUUGGGCUCAGGAAGGUGCACUGCAGCGAUGUGAAUUGAGACGCGAAUGGAUGAUGCUGCUUGUGCAGGAAUCGCGAUGUGUGGGUGGGUA